CUAGAAUAACGAAGUUGUGCUCGCAAUGGCGUGAAGUCUGUGUUCCAAAUUGCUAAGACAUGAAGAUGCAGAAUUUUGUAGCAGUGGUAGUUUUAUCUCUUAUCGUCAGUGCCACAUUUCUCUCUGGAUACAGCCAGCUUGUGGGCGGCCCACGGCAUGGCUUCAAAGGACAUCCAUAUUAUGAGCAGGAAAAACUCGGAAUGCGGAUGGCAGGCCGACGAGUCGUGAAGCCAGUGGGGCCUCUCGGCUAUGCCGAACUGCAGGCCGUGCUUCUUGCAAUGGCCGUCGUCCUAAUGGUAUCCUCAUGUUUGGCCUUCGCUUUCGGCCUACUACACGAACAUGAGAUGCAGGAGCAUCCUGGUAAUGGGGAUCCUGCCAACAUGUUAUUCGCCGAACAGGCAAAAGAUCCAAUCGAAGAACCAAGCGGCGAUCGAAAUAAUGAUGCGGAAUUCGAUGGAGAUAACGGUAUCAGAGAGCGUCGGGGAUAUAUCGUUCGAUAGAAACUACUAUAAUUAGAAAAAAUGUCAAAAUUAAAAACUCUAAAAAUAAAUCGAUUAGUUUAUGUUGUUUUGACAA